AUGUUCGCGCUCCGAGCCUCAAGAAACGUUCUGAAGAGCCGACCCGUGUUCGCUCGAGGCCUGGCCUCCACCGCCGAGGCCCCUAAGGUGCCUGCCCCCCGAAUCAAGAAGUUUGGCAUCUACCGAUGGAACCCAGACACCCCCGAAAAGAAGCCCGAGCUCAAGGAGUACGAGGUCGACCUGUCACAGUGUGGCCCCAUGGUGCUGGACGCGCUCAUCAAGAUCAAGAACGAGCAGGACCCCACCCUGACGUUCCGACGGUCGUGCCGAGAGGGCAUCUGUGGCUCCUGUGCCAUGAACAUUGAGGGCCGAAACACCCUCGCAUGCUUGUGCCGAAUCAAUCCCGACAUCGCCAAGGAGGAGAAGAUCUACCCUCUGCCUCACAUGUUUGUCGUCCGAGACCUUGUCCCUGACCUGACCCAGUUCUACAAGCAAUACAAGUCCAUCGAGCCCUACCUGCAGCGAGACGAGGUCCCUGCCGACGGUAAGGAGAACCUGCAGUCCAUUGCUGACCGACGAAAGCUCGACGGUCUCUACGAGUGCAUUCUGUGCGCCUGCUGCUCCACCUCGUGCCCUUCGUACUGGUGGAACCAGCAGGAGUACCUGGGCCCCGCUGUCCUCAUGCAGGCCUACCGAUGGAUGAUUGACUCUCGAGACGAGGCCACCGCCAAGCGACAGCAGAUGCUCGAGAACUCCAUGUCUCUGUACCGAUGCCACACCAUUAUGAACUGCGCCCGAACCUGCCCCAAGGGUCUCAACCCCGGUCUGGCCAUCGCCAAGAUCAAGCGAUCCAUGGCUUUCGUUUAA